AUGAAAUCUAAAGAUCAAUUUAACUACAUAAAUUACCCAUUGAAAUUAACAAUCGUGCUAAUAUCAUUAUUUGCAAGUAUUUAUCUAAUAUUACAUGUAAAAGUGUCAAAUCAAAAUUCAAUCCUAAAUCUCAAUACCAAUUCAAAUGCAGAUGUUCAGUUGAACGGCUACGCUCAAUACAUAGAUAGACGAAAUGAUGAGACUGAAACAGCUCAAAGUACUAGUGAGUCUACAUCAACAUCAAAUAAAGAUUCAAAAACAAAUUCCAAUGAGAAAUCAAAAUCUACCUCAGCUAAAGAGUCUCAAUCUACUUCAACUAAAGAUAUAAAAUCCACUACAACCUCUACUAAGUCAAGCAAAUCAACAAAUACCUCAUCUACUUCAACAACUUCAACCUCAGACCCCACAUCAUCAGAAGAAUCAAAACCGGUAGCCAUAUAUAAUCAAUCAUGGAUGAGAUUCAUAUUUGUUCUAUUUGGAUUUAUAUUUUUAAAUAUGAUUGCAAUAUGUAUUCAUCAUAUUUAUUUAAAAAUUACAAGAUCUCAAAAUAUGUAUAGAAGUUUUGAAGAUGAAAAAUCACCAUUUUAA